CCCUUAUUCUCCCACCCGUCGUCCUUCAGCUUCUGCUUUUAGUCACAAUUUUACUCUCUCCUUUGCCCUCACUUUGGUGGCUACUGCUACUCCCUGAGCUAGGACGGGUGACUCCAAGUCGCCUAACUCCGAGUUUUGCGGCUCAGCUUCCCGCCUGCCGCCGCCGCCGCUACUUCCCUUCCCCGGCGGUUAUUCGGCGCCUUUCCAAAACAACAACCCUCCCCAAGGGAGGCGUUCAGAUCCAAGGCGGAGAAAGGGCCGGAAGCCUCCACGGCGGCUCCCGACGACCGAGGCGGAGUUGGCUGGCGGCAAGCGCCGCUUCCCCCUUGCCCUCCCCGGCGCCGGACGGGAGAAAAAGGGGGGCGAUGACGGCGGCGGCGGCUGAUUGAGGGCGAGGGCUUGUGUGAGCUCCGCCCGGCUGCCUCACCCCUUGCCCGCCCAUGCUGCUUCCGCCUGGGCUGCGGAGGGCCAUGCGGCCGACAGCUGAGGCCGUCCUCUUCCUUUCCCUCCUCCUCCUCUUCUCCCUCGGCUGCAGCCGGAGCCCCCGGUCGUGAGAAGGCGCGGAGGCGCUUGAGCGCAGCGGCGACGGGCGACGGGAGCAGAAGCCGAAUCGCGCCCCGGGCGGAGGAGAGAAGAUGCUGCUGUCGGUGCUGCUGCACACUUACUCCAUGCGCUACGUGCUGCCCGCCGCCGUCAUGCUGGGCACCGCGCCCACCUACAUCCUGGCCUGGGGGGCCUGGCGGCUGUUCUCGGCCCUGCUGCCCGCCCGCUUCUACCACCAGGUGGACGACCGGCUCUACACCAUCUACCAGAGCAUGGUGCUCUUCUUCUUCGAGAAUUACACCGGCGUGCAGAUAAUUCUGUAUGGUGAUUUGCCAAAAAAUAAAGAGAAUGUGGUAUGUAUAUCAAAUCAUCAAAGUACAGUUGAUUGGAUUAUAGCAGAUAUGUUGGCCAUCAGGCAAAAUGCUCUUGGACAUAUUCGAUACGUUUUGAAAGACAGAUUAAAAUGGCUUCCUUUGUACGGGUGGUAUUUUUCUCAGCAUGGUGGAGUGUAUGUGAAACGAAGGGCCAGAUUUAAUGAAAAGAAAAUGAGGAACAAGUUGCAUAUCCAGAUGAAAGCAAAAACUCCAAUGUACCUUGUGAUUUUUCCAGAAGGAACACGUUACAGUCCAGAGCGGCCCAAAGUCAUUGCAGAUAGUCAGGCAUAUGCUGAUAAGGAAGGUCUUGCAGUACUGAAACAUGUCCUUACUCCACGGGUGAAGGCCAUUCACGUUGCUAUUGAUUCAAUGAAGAGCUACUUAGAUGCUGUUUAUGAUAUUACAAUAGCCUUCGAAGGUACUACAGACCAUAAAGGACAAAGGAAAGUGGCACCAACCAUGAUCGACUUUCUUUGUAAGGAGUGUCCAAGAAUUCACAUCCAUAUUGAAAGAAUUGAACUAAAAGAUAUUCCAGAAGAACAAAUGUUUAUGAGAAGAUGGCUUCAUGACCGUUUUGAAGUCAAGGACAAAUUGCUAAUAGAAUUUUACGAUGCAAAAGAUUCUAAAAGAAGAAAUAGGUUCCCUGGGAAAAGUGUUCACUCCAAACUAAGUCUCCAGAAAACAUUGCCAUCCUUAUUAUUUUUAAGCGGCUUGACUGCCAGCAUGCUACUGACAGAGUCUGGAAGGAAACUUUACAUAAAGACAUGGAUAUAUGGGAGCUUACUAGGCUGUUUCUGGGUCAGUAUUAAAGCAUAAAAACUGCACUUUCAUUCAGUGGCUUUUUUCUCUUGCUUUGCACAUCGCAUCAAAUUCUUUCCUAAAUUUAUAUUAAAAUUCUAAAUAAAGUCUUAUCAAUUGAAUAUUGUAUCAACACACUGUUAAUCUAAUUUCGUUGUGGGGGUUAUGACAAAAAGGUAAAUUAUGUUUCUGAUUUUGGAGAAGAACAGAGGAGAUAACGAAGGCUUAGCAUAUUUUUCUUCCAUGAAUAUGUAUCUACCUACAUAUAACAUACACUGUAUGUGUUUAUACUGGUUCAGAUGGAGCAGUGAAUGGGUUUUCUAGCAUUAUUUUAGAUGAAUGUAAUUUAUUUAUGAUAAGGUUUUCUGCUUUUUAGUUUAUUACAAAAGCUCUUACAUCAUAAACUACAAACCAAACUGGUUUUUACUGGUACCUUCUUCUCUAUUUGAAUCUAGAUGUGUUUUUUUCAUUUUUGAAAAGAAGUUGCUCAAGCAUAGGUUGUAAAAAAAGCAGGUGAAACACUCUUUAUGGAAAGAUGAGUUUAAUAAGUGAACAAAAUUUUGAUCCUGUUAUGUGGCUAGUUAACUUCACUUUUAUAAAUUUUUUGAAUCCAGAAAGUGUAGUCUUUAUUUAAACACCUUAAACUUGUAUAUGAGUAAUUAUAUAUUCAAAAUAAAUAAUGCACUAACUGAGGCUCAUUCAGUUAUAAGUUUGCCAAAUUUCUAGAACACUUCAGCUAAACUGCCAGUUAAGAAAUGCCAGAAAAGUUCAUGGAUAUUCCAAGUUCUGGUUUAGCCAGGCUGCUUCGUGUACAAUGGCUUGCUUCAUGUUAAGGAGAAAAACAUGCAGUCCAGCUUGAGAAAUGUGAAACAACAAUUAGCGAUGGAAAAUGUUAUUGAUGAAAUGAGUAUGAACUGAAGUAAGCAAUGCUGCUGUGCAAUGAAAAGUACAUUUUAUGGAAAUGAGGAAUAUUUGUAUGUUCUUGCCAAAAUAUAAAAUAUGUGCCUUUGUUCGACAUGA